AUGGACAUGAAGUCACCAAGGACAAUUAAAGAAGUUCAAAGAUUGACCGGCUGUUUAGCAGCACUUGGUAGAUUUCUGUCAAGAUCAGGGGAUAAGUGUCGUUAUUUCUUUCAAACCAUAAAAAAGAAAGCCAUGUUUGAGUGGACAGAGGAGGCCGAGGAAGCAUUCGUACAGCUAAAAGGCCAUCUACAUAUAUUGCCUCAGCCUGUCAGUCCACUUAAGAGAGAGAAGCUAUUCAUCUAUCUUGCCAUCUCUGAACACUCCCUAAGUGCCGUCCUACUUGCUGAACGGGACGGCCGCCAGAUCCCUGUCUACUUUAUUAGCCACGUUCUACAUAACGCCGAGCGAAGGUAUCCCCCCAUUGAAAAAUUUGGCUUGGCAUUAUAUAUGGCAUCAAAAAAGAUGCGGCCAUACUUCUUGGCACAUUCAAUUAUGGUCUACACAGACCAACCUUUGAAGAAGCCAUUUACAACUCUAGAGGCAAGCGGCCGUAUGCUUAAAUGGGCCUUGGAAAUGAGAGGCUUGGAUAUUACAUUUGAGCCAAGAAAAGCAAUCAAGGGGCGAGCCUUUGCUGAUUUUUUGGCUGAAAUGACUCGGUCGGAUCUUCAGACGGCCAGAGAUCAAAUCUGGAAAGUGUUCGUGGAUGGUAGCGCGAUAGCUACUGGUUGCGGUGCAGAUGUUAUAUGCCAGUCUCCCGAGGGAGAUAAGUUUGAGUACGCCCUGAGAUUUCAGUUUCAAGCCUCUAAUAAUGAGGUCGAGUACGAAGCCCUCUUGGUCGGCCUAAGAAUGUGUAAGGCGGCAAGAGCGACAAAAAUUGAUGUAUGCUCGGACUCCUUACUUGUAGUCGGCCAGGUGAAUGGAGACUUCGAGGCGAGGGAGCCGGCCAUGAUAAAGUACUUGAAGAUUGUAAAAGAGGAGGCUAAGAGCCUAGAUCAUUUUACUCUACAGCAGGUCCCUCGUUCGUCCAAUCAUCAAGUGGACGCCCUCUCUAAGUUAGCAUCAUGUGAUACUCCCAGGUCAGUGUUUUGGGAAGUGAAAGAAAAGAGGAGUAUUGACGCUAAACCAGUACACGCCAUUGAUAGAAGCUCCACUUGGAUGGACGGGAUCAUAUCUUACCUAAAGGACGGAUUACUCCCGGCCGAUCCUAAAGAGAGCUGGUUGAUGAAAAAGAGAGCAGCCUGGUUCGAAAUUAAGUAA